AUGCGAUCGAGAACGUAUAGUAGUCUCACGUUCGGACACAAAACAAUGACAUUUGCUAUAAAACUUAGCUACAAAAAAAAAGAACCGCGAAACCCACGAGGUCUUCACAGACAUCAAAAAGCAACGACGUCCAACGACAAUGGAGAUAUGACAACUAGUUGCCUGUGCGCCGUCACACUCAUGAAGAUAGCCAGCCUGGCCGAUAUCGUGUUGGACGGUAAGGUGAAAUGCACGUAA